AAGGAUAAAGAUAUCGAAAUUAAAAAUCCUGACCUCUAUUUGGCUACUUUGGCCGCUGCUACUGAUGGCAAAGAAAACCCAAAGUUAGAAGAGGAAGGGAUUAUUGUUUUUGAUACUGAUUAUUCCCCCGUUAAAGGUGGAGGAGUAAAUUUUCAAGAAAAAUCAAUAGUAAUUAGUCAAAAAGCAACCGAAGAAGAAUUAACCCUCACUAUUACUACCAGUGGAGUUACCAAACCAAGGGAGGCUCUCCAAGAAGUUUUGGAGUUGUCGAAAGACUCUUUUAAUUCUAUCUCAACUUUGCUAAAUG